AUGGGACUCAGUUAUGGUGUCGUAGUUGCUAUUGUAGGACUGUACCAGUCAUGUUUCGUCAGCUCUCUGUCAGUGUCUGUAACUUCUAGCGUCAAUGUAGUUCUGUAUGGACUGGAAGGGAAUGGAGGCCUCGAUGAAUGUCAACUUGCUGUUGAUACAGAACAUCUUGAACGCAUGCUGCAGACUGUACUGCCAUCUAGAAGGCCCUAUUUUAUAGACACUGGAACUCCUUCAGCAGUUGAAUAUCAAAUUAGCUAUAAAGUCAUAGCAGCUAAGAAACCAGAUGUUGAUAUUAUCACAUCUGCAUUGUCUAGUGCUUUAGUACCAGUUUCUGUGCAACCGUUGGGCUUUAUCACUCAUGUGAUCGAUGUAUCCACAAUAACUCACAUUUUCAGUCGUCAGGCUGUACAGUAUGCAGACGGCGUCAGAGACAGAUUGACUGUAUUAGUCAUUAAUCCAGACAAACGCUUGAUGCGAGGCUUGCCAACCGAUCGAGUAAACCAGCCGUUUAGCAAUAUAGCAAAUGUGUGUAAUGCCGGAUUCAAUUACACCUACCGAUCUGGAAAUGAUUUUGGUUUGUCGUGUAGUUGGGUAGGUUCUGGCAGCUAUGUUGUUAUAGAUCUGAGGGCUGGACCGUGCAACUAUGGACCAAUCACCGGGAAAGGCGUGGUCUCUGCAGGCACACUUCCAAGUCUGACAGGGUUGUUGAGCAAGCCUCGGUUUGCUGAAAUGUGCAAAACAGAUCGCGGUUGUACCGAAAAGUUGCAACUGCAGAUUAUCAAGCCACUCAUGUUGGGCUUAUUGUGCAGUAGUAUUACUUCAGCCAUCGAACAUGUUCUCAUCCCCGACAUCUUGUUUGAAGAGCCUACAUUCGCAAAACGAGUACUAGUUCCUAUCUUGAUCUUACGAGAAAGGCAAAGUAGUAGAUAUUCAAGUUUAGAUAAAUUUGGGAUUGACUUGUCCAUCAUAAAGAGGGAAAUGAGGAAGCUGCUGCCGGGAGGACAAGAAAUGGUCACAACGUUUGGCAUACACAACCUUCACGAUCAUCCUCUCAUAUCUGUAGCAUUACGGAAGGCACUGAAAGACAUUGUGGCAUCAAGUGUAUGCUUUCAAAAAAACUGUUCGUGGGGCCGGAGAUAUUUGUCUAGUCAUGAUUUACUCACAGAACUACAGCAUUCACAUGAUGUGUUAGCUGAAGGAUUGAUGACCGAACGGAGAGACUUUCUUAUGCCACAAUAUCCAGAGGACAUAACACAAACAUUUGAUUCUUUCCUCGGUGAGUCUGUGGCAUCAUCAGUUCGUGAUAAGUUGGAAAUGCAUUGGAAGAAGAUGGCAACACAGGGUGCAAGGAUUGUUCCAGUUUAUGUGUUUGAUAUGUCAUCGUUAGGAAGCGGCAUACUCUUUGAUCAGCAAAGUAGUGUUAGCUGGAGCUCCACCUCUGUUCUCGUCUUGCAUUCUCCGGAUCGAGAGUCGAGUACGAAUUUGCCAUAUUUCACCACUUGUGGUGUCAUGGCCGACAGUAAUGGAGUCACACAACACAUUGUAGCCGGUUUGGCAGGCGCAUUGGGUUCUAUUGUUCCUCCUCACCUACGCUUUUCUCACAUUCACAAUGAGACAGAGGUCGACUAUCUGUGGGCUACAGGGGUUCAUCCAUUUUCACCGUUCACUGGGAGUCAUGAAUUGUCUCGUCACUUUAGUUUGAUCGCACUGCGGAAUGCCAUUGUAAGUCAGAUACAGAGUGUCUUUAUCACUCUGAUGGAUAUAGAAAAGGCUAUUUACGAUUUCUCACAAGAGCAUUUGCAUCCAAUCCACGACGACGAAGGAGAUCACCACUUAGACACAAGCAACGAAAUACAAAUUAGAGUCGCAACACUAACUGACAAGAUGUUACAACUACGAAAGAAAGUUCAGUCUUUUCUAGAUGCUGUCAAACUCAGCAGAUUGUCGAAAGCAUUAGAUGACAUUCCUUUGCUGGUGAGGGAAUCGAGUCAUCUGCAAGUGCAAUGUCAUCAUGAGUUGAGUGAGGCAAGAACACGGAUGGCUUGCUGUCAUAAGGUAUAUUAUGCGUCACGUGUAAGUUGGACAGAAAUGAUGGGCAUACCACUUGCAUUGGCUGCCGUUGUUCUGCUUAUGAUUUGGUUUGUUUCGGCAUGCAUUAGUUGAUAUAUACUUCUACAGUAAGAUUCGGUGCUUUUUACUCAGACCACAUUCUUGUCAAUAAUACAGGACUUGAAUUUCUAUUUUUGAGUUGGAAUUUAUCUAUUGGAAUAGAUGAAUGAGUGCAAUCAGUGAACAUGAUGGCUUGAGUAUG